GGACUCGCUGCAGACCGGGAUGCGAUGCGAUGCAGGAAGGGUGUGGGAUGUAAGUCUGGAGGGUGGUGCAAGGAGAGGGAGCGGCCGCUUGGGGCUUUCACAUGGGUUGGACGAGGCGAUCGCGUUGUCUGGUGCCCGCCUUGGGCUUGGCGAAAAGUGGAGCGUGGGCUGAAGUGGAUUGGUGGUUAGUGAGAAAGUGGGCGGGGCCGGGCAGAGACGCGCGACAAAGGUUCCUCUUGCUCUCUUCUCUUUUCCUUUGGGUUGGAAGGGGAAGAGGGUGUUUGGCACGCUCGUUUCGGGGCCGCGCGCGUGGUGCCUGCCACAGCCUUCGCGCGCACACUAGCUAAUCUCGCGCCGCCCGCCCAUGAAUUUCAGGGGGCGCCGCUCAAACAUGAGAUUGCAUUUCUGAGCGCCUAUACUACUUUGCCGUUCAUUUCCGCCCUGUCCC